AAUACUAGUCUUCGAUCAAGAAUUGGUUAAUUGUAAACAGGACGAAGUAGUCGACGAUUAAACCUUCCUGAAACAUAAUUAUCGGCAGAUUUAGCACUAAUCGAGAGAUUUAGAGCUGCAUGAUCAUGCCGAAUCCCGGAGAGGAGCCAGUACUUGGUACUGGUGGACAGAUUGAUGGUAUGGUGAUGUCCCUCAUAGAUGCUGCUUACGACAAGAAAGCUAACGUGAGAAGCAUCAUCAUCUCAUCAUUGGUGGAUGUCGGCAAGAAGAAACCAAAGCUUGUGCUCAGCUCAUGCCACUCUUAUCUAAGGAAGCAUAACAAGUUAUCCAAAGAUCACAGGACAGUGAUCCUCCGGACCAUGGAACAAGUCUUGAAGGAGGGAGAUGAUGUACCUGGUGCUCUGUCUAUGGAUCUGAUCAAACUCGCCUCCGAUGAAAUGACUGCAUCCAAGGAAGUUGAACCAGAGUGGCAGACAGCAGCUAGUAAUGUCCUGGUUGCCCUUGGUAACAAGCUAUGUAAUGAUGUCAUGGAGGAUCUCUAUAAGAAGUUCCAGCCUGGUUGCCUACCACACUUCUUUGUUGUACAGACCAUGGCUAACCUGGCCAAUGUCAAUUCAUUUGGGUUUGUUCCCCAUCUGAGCGCAGUGCUAAGCACUAUGAUUCCAAUGCUAGGCAUGGCUAAACAUGACAACAUGAAGUGGGUCUUCUCUGCAGCUUUUGCAAGAUUCAGUGAAAGCAUCCUACAUUAUGUAGCCAACUCUGACACUGCUCCAGAUCCAACAAUUAGAAAGGAAACAUAUGCUGAUCAGAUCUUCUCUGGUUUUGAUGUGCUCUUCUCACUAUGGCUUCCAUCCAAAGAGGCUAAGCUACGUCUGAUAGUAGUCGAAGCCUUGGGUCCAAUGACACACAUCAUGACCAAAGAGAAACUAGAAGAACAGCUUCCUAAACUUGUCCCUGGUAUCCUCGCACUCUACAAGAAACACCAAGAGGCUUUCUACAUCACUCAGGGUCUGUGUAUGAUUCUAGAGGCAGCAGCUGCUGAGGGGAGUAUUAUUCUUGAACCACAGCUGGAUACCAUCCUCAACACAAUGCAUGCACAGGUAUGUGUACCAGCAGAUUACACCAACCCAACUGCUCUAAAGAACCACAAUGAGGUCCGUCGCUGUUUCUCAGUCCUAGCCACAUCUUUCCCUGAUCGUGUAGUCACCUUCUUGCUCCUGAAACUAGACAGCAGUAAUGAGAGGAUUCGCAUCGGUACACUGGCUGUGUUCAAACAACUCAUCAACUCGUCAGGCCCCCAUAUGGAAGACAAGAAGCCUCUUAUUCUAUCUGGUCUCAAACCUGUGCUACAAGAAAACAACAACAAGGUGAAGAAGAUGUUUGCUCAGGUGGUAAUAGCCAUGGCUGAUCAUGAGUACUUGCUACUAGAGGGCGGGCAUCAGAUGGUGGAAUUCAUCAUUCGACAGUGUACCCUUACACCAGAUGUACAGACUGGCAGAAGGAAUCCAGACCCUGAGUAUGUGAGCAAUGAAGCAUUGAGAUCUAUGAGUGAGAACGUGCUUCAUCUCAUAACUACAACCAUUGGUAGCAUGGAAGAGGUUCUAUGGCCAUUCCUGUUAGAGUUCCUAGCUUUACCUCAGUACACGGAUGCCAUGAUGUCACUGUGUCGUAACUUGGCCUACAUAGCGGCUAAGAAACGCGAGGCCCAGGAUGAGGACUACAUGAUUGACUAUGAGACGUUGGCUAACGUCCCCAGACCAUGUUCUAUCAUUGCCAGGCUCAUGGUAAUGGCAGGUAGACCAGACAACGGUCGCCAGAGAGGUGUCCAUGUCCUCAAGCUGAUGCUGGGGCUCUCUCCAAACCUGAAUGAAUCAAUCGCAGACAUGUGGGAUGCAGUCGUACCCAAGCUCAUACAGUACAUAGAGGACCAUCUUGAUGAUCCUGAUAAGUGGUCCCAGAAAUCCUGGGAAGAUCUACUUUUGAAGUUGCUGUCCAAGACAUUAGAUGAUGCACAGAAUGAGGACUGGGUUGCUGAGUUGGGAACUUGCUUUGGAGAGCACACUGUCUUGUAUCAGAACAUGCCUGAAGAAAAGAAUUUCUUGUACAAGUGUCUUGGUGUGGUGAUGAGGAAAGUGACCAACAAGCAGUUCAUUCAGAAGCACCUUGACAUCAUGUUUGCUACGAUCAGACAUAACGACCAGACUGAAAGAGAGGGUUGUGCCAUUGGAGUGGGUUUCUGUGCCUCUUCUCAUCUUGAUCUAGCCCUCACCAAACUAGAGACAGUCACUAAGGGAGAGAUGUCAAGGAAAUCUUCUGGUUUCUUUAAUUUUGUUAAGGAUAAAGGAGGUGAUGAUACAGGUAAGAUUAAGAGUACAGUGAUGCUUUGCUAUGGUUACCUGACCCUCUAUGCACCUACAGACAUCAUAGCAUCUAGGGUGGAGACCAACAUCCUCAAGAACAUCAAUCCACACUUCAAAAACGUCAAGGACACUACUGUCAAGCAGAACCUAAUCCGAGCUGUAGACCUGAUUGGUAAAGCCUUGCACCCAGACCAUCUCAAGACCAGGCACUCGUUUGCCAAGAAGACCGACCUCCUAGGUCACAUGAUGUCCUACAUGCAGGCAGAGAGUACAAAGGAGAUCACCACGGAAACAAGAUCUCUAGCACUACAAGCAUGUGCAGCGUUAGUUAAACUUGACCCUCUCCUCUCUGAAGCCGAUGCAUUCACACUCAUCACCACUGGUGUGAACUGUCUCUUUAAGCUACCUGACUGCCCCCUCAUGACCUCCAAGGGAAAGGAAGAACUCAAAGAAAAUGAAAUCAAAGAAUAUGAUGUGCUAAUAGAGUCAUCCCUUGACAGUCUUCAUGAGAUGCUGAAAGAGCUCCUGAGGAAAGACAUCACACCAAUAGGCUUCCAGAACAUCUUCAAGCACCUCCAUCCAUGGAUGCUCUCAGGUGAGGGACAUGAGAGACACAGAGCAGUAGAGACAACUAUGGUCCUUCUUUCAUUCUAUAUGGAACAUGUGGUGGAUGUAACAGGGGGUCCUUCAGCCUUUACGUGUAUGGGUGAGAUCUUGGCCUACCUGGUCCCACGGUGUUCAGAUCCCUGCAUCGACCUUAGAGCUCAAGCUAUAGAAGGCAUUCAACUCACACUCAAGAUAGCUCUACUUUAUGAAGGGAGAGCAAGGGACUAUGAAGACAAGAUGGUGCAAGCUCUAUCCGUCCUUCGUGGUAGGAGUACAACCACAGAUGCACAGGCUCUCUUUAGUAUCAUCAGUGAUCUCUCAAAGGCCCUGGCAAAGAGAGUACCCAGUGAGCAGCUAGAAGGCUUUGUAUUUCUUCUGAUAGAGGGCCUGCUUGAUAUCCAGUCUCACUCUUCCAGCGGUGCCUGCGUUGUCCUCAACACCAUCCUCAAGUCUAGAGGAACUGAACUCAUCACAUCAGUUGUAAAGCUGAUGACUGCCCUACACACCAAGCUAGCAUCAAUCACUUUCCCACAGACCCGUACUGGGACAAUGAGAGCUAUCAGAACCCUAGCUUCAACUCAUCUUGAACCAGUCCUCAAUACACUCAUCAGAUUCCCACUGCCGUAUGAUCAACACAUAGUCGAGUGUUGGCGAACCUUAGCCUGUGAUAGCAGUCUCCUACAGGCAGUCUAUGAGAGGUGUCUGGAUAUGAUGGCUCGUAAUGUACAUGUCGAUGAGAAGAUAGAUCCUAAAACCAAGAAAGUCAUCUCCAAGGUUGCCAAUUUGAUGCCACUGUCUGUUGUAUCAGCUCUGACUGAAACAUUCCAAGUGGAGGAAUCAGAAGACGUUGUCUCUGAUAACUUCCCCAGACUGUUCUCCUCUCUCCUGAUCUACAUUGGUUCCUGCGUGGGUAAGGUCAAGACUCCGUCCCUCAAGGCUGAUCAGAUCCAACAGCAAGAGAUUGUGAAUGUCAAAGAUGUGAAGGCUUUCAACAAGGCACUGGCUGUCAUCUGCCCUAGCUUCUUGGCGACUGAAUCUAUGAAGUCCCUGCUAGCACGAGGGCCCAACUCAGCUGAUCUGAUGGAGUUCCUGAGUAAAGAAGGAGUGUGGACACAGCUACAAGAAGAGAGCCAGUAUGAUGAUGGGGUGCAAGUACUUGGAAGGGCUGUAGCCGAGUACAGAGGCAACUACAUUCCUCUGAUUAUUGGAUCCCUCUCUCCAAACCUCAACAGUCUGUUUGACACCCAGAGAAUCGUUACUACAGCUUUCCUAGCUGAGCUGGUCAAUCAGAGAUGUGCUGGAGACAUCUCGCAGGUUGAGAUCAUCAUGAACAAUCUCCUUGGUAGGCUUGUAGAUGGCAAUGCUAUCGUUCGUAAGCUGUGCAUCAAGGGCCUUGGCAACAUAGCAAGUCUGGGAUCAGAGCAGGUUCAGAAGUAUACUACCACCGUCCUGUCAUCCAUGAUGGCUGGUAUGGAUGAUAAAGAUGACCCAGAGGAUAGCAUCACCUUAGAAGCCAUGUCUGGUCUAACUCGCAUCCUCAUGGAGAUCUCAGAGAGCAACGUCAGACCUAUCCUCAUCAAUGUUACUCUUCGUAUCAGACCUUGCUUUGAAAAGGACCGUGCAUCAGUACGAGCAGCUGCCUUCACCCUGUUUGGUAACCUGAGUCGGUUUGGUGACGGCCCAUCCAAAGACCCCUUCUUGGAGCAGAUCCACACCAACUUUGUCAGUCUACUGCUUCAUCUUAACGAUGAGGAUGAUGAUGUUAAAAAGUCCUGCAAAUUUGCUCUAAGACAGUUUGGCACUCUGAUGGGGUCUAGUGCCAUGAACGAGAUGUUCCAGAAACAUCUAAUAGAGGACAGGAAACUCAACUAUGGAGAAUUCAUGUAUGACCUCUCCAAGGUCAUUAUCGUGGACCUGCUCCAGAAGGUGAACUUCUAUGUGAUGGGUAACGUGUCAUUCUUCCGUAGUGCAUGGCCUGAUAUCAGAGCUAAUGCUGCUAUGUGCAUAGGAUUCUUACUGGGUAACCUACCCAAGGAGAAUCACAGUCUUAUCAGCAAGGAUCACGUCUGUGGAGCUCUGAUACAACUACUAAAGGAUCAGGAACCGGGUGUGAGAGUCAAGGCAGCUGAAGCCAUGAGCCUUCUGAGCAACUUCUAGACAACACAGGUGCUACAAAAGGUCUGAUGUUCUCUAUAUACUGGUACAUAUCAUACAGCAUGGCCCAUUUCCUUGCAUGAUUGCCCUUUAUCUAUGUAUAUGAUAAGAGAUAAGCAAACUGAGGUAUCUGAUAUGAUAAUGAAUGUUUAAUAUUAGAUAGCUCUUACAGAUACAAAGGUUUGAUCAGUCCACAGCUCAUCGACUGCGAGGAUCGUAAUUUGCAUAUUUCACUCCUGUUCAAUGUUACAUUGACCACCUGGUCAAAUGAGUAUAUUUGUGCAUCAUACCGUAUCCAAGCUACGCUGAGAGCACUAGCGCUUAACCCUUUGUUUGCAUCGUCUUAACCAAGUGCAUUUGACGCGUAAGGCUGGACCGGUGCUUGAGAUAAAACAAGGCAUAAGAUCGCAAUCAUCCUUAAUUUUAUGUACAAAGUUUAAUCAAGGCUAUCUAAUAUAACAGAUAUUGACUGGUAGGGCAUGUAAUAUAACAUCUAACAGGUUAGCUUGGAGGCAUGCAUCUCUAAUCACUGGAGCAGUAUAUAUAUAUUGAUCAAUGUUUGUGUGAAUUAUGAUGCCAAAUUAAAAUGCAGUGUACAAGAAUAGUCCAUCAUGUACAUGAGGCAUGUUCUAUGUAUUAUGAUUACUUGUAGAA